AUGCAACGUAUGAAAUGUCCAGUUAAUCGUAAAGAAGAAUGUAGUGAAGAAUGUAAAGCAGGUAAUACUGAAGAAGAAAUUGAAGAACAUAGUGAAUUAACAAAAGAUGAACAUCGAACUUCAUUUAAUAAAGCACCAAAACAGAAAUAUGAACCAGUUAAAGAUCAUAAAAAACAAUCAACUAAAAAUAAACAUUCAUCAUCAAAAGAUCAAUCAACAAGCAAGACUGACUUAUAA